AUGCGGUCCAGAAGGGACGUGAACGCGCAAGUUUCGGUGAAAAUCGGUGAACGAGAGGGAUGCGCGGGUGCUUGUUGUGCCGACGCCGUGGGACACGUGUGUACGUUGGCCUCGAUUCCGGUCGUCGCGGAAAUUAACGUUCGCCUGGCGCGGCCGGCUCGCGGUGCCGAGACGCUGACGGUGCGGCAACUCGAGGGAUCUCCAUUGCGAAGGGAGGAAGGUUCCACUGGUUCGAGACCUUCGGGUUCGCCGUUCUCAGGGGAGAGGAAAAGAGAAGAGAGAGAGAAAGAGACGCGGCAAACGGAGGGACGUGCACGGCCGUCGCGGAGCAGCGGAACGGGACAAGCAAACGAUGCCGAAGCGAUGCUGUUGACACACCGCGGGAUCUCACGUGGUAGAAAAACACCCGUUUCCAAGGUACCAUUGAGAAGUCCCGACAUCAAGCGGUACUCGAGGUGGAUUCUGAAGCGGCGACGUUUCAGAAUCCCUAGGAGUCCCGCACAAUAGCAUUGAUUGGAAACAAAGAAGCCAGGAAAUUGUCGCGCGGUAAUUUAAGCGACGCGCGCACACACGUUGGGAGAGAAACUUCUCAGGCGACGAAUUAAAGCGGAGAAUCCCCCCCGUCUCUAACUUCGCGAGGCCGCCAGCCAUCGAAAUACACGUAGGUAAUAGAAGAUCGUGGCUGGUAUCCACGACCGAACCGGCUUUCCGCAAUCCACCACCUGUGGCUUCUGAUAACUCCUCUGAUAAAGAGAGGAAGAGGAGCGCCGCGACGCGACGCCACCGCGGGGCCUUCGACUUUCAGCUCGAGAUUAACGCUAAGCCCUCAUUUUUAAAGAACACUCUCUUUCUAUUAACUCAGGUAGAUGCACUUCGCAGGUCGCGCAGGGACAUUUCAACCGCAUUCAUUUGAGCGACGAUCGAUUCUCGCAAAGUGGCGCGGAAAAUGCCGAGUUUCUUGCGCGAUUUAGAGUUUAACUUUGACAAACUUGAAGUGAUCCGUUGAAAAACAAGGAAACGUUUUUUGUUUUAAUAAAUGAGAGCCGACAGAGCGAGACGUCGUUUGUUCUCGUUCAAAGAUCUGCGCGAAACACCGACGACAGUGGUCUCGGAUAAGAGACGCCCCGCAUCGUGAAGAGAUCGUCGAUCUAACGACCGGAGGUGGGAUCGGCGGCAUCCCUCUCUUUCAUUUUCAUCGAGAACCGUGGAAGGUAAUUCACGAAAAACGGCGAACCACUACGGGGUGCAUUACGCGAACUCGUACGCGUGCAGCAACGGCGCACCGAGCGUGUACACCAGCACCGGUUGUUGCGCCAACAUCAACGGUGGCGGCUUCAGCGCGCAGCAGCCGCAGCCUCACGAGGACUACCGGCCGAUCUACUUUUACGUGGCCCAGCCCUAUACGAUCCCGUACACCUUCGCCAAGAGGCCGAAGCCGGCCGCGUCGUCGCUGCUAAGGGCGGCGAAGCCGCGCGGCAACAAUUGCCGCGUCAAGUUCUCCAAGCGGCUCGGGAACGCCGACUUCUCGCAGAAGGUCAAGCAGGGCGAGUUCUCGCGGAGUCUGAACCAGGUGCACUUCGCGGAGAACCAGGGUCAAGGUAACUUACACAGUCCUUUCAAGUCUCACCGAGAGCGAAAUUCGAGAGCUUAUCUUUCAACCCGUUUUAAAGUCGCGUUUCCAAGGGAUAAUUUGUGCAUAAUAUCUUGGACCAUACACUGACAGAAAAAAA